CUUAUUAUUUUCUCUACUUUCCAUACAGCUGCAUACUCUUCGAAUUAUAUCUGGGCAUCACACUCUUCCAAACGCACGACAAUCGUGAGCAUCUCGCGAUGAUGGAGCGUAUAUUGGGCCAAAUACCAUAUCGUAUGGCACGCAAUCAUUGUCAUUACAGCAAAACAAAAACAAAAUACUUCUAUCACGGUAAGUUGGACUGGGAUGAGAAGUCAUCGGCUGGACGUUAUGUACGUGAUCAUUGUAAGCCAUUGUUUAGAUAUCAAAUGAGCGAUACCGAAGAUCAUUGCGAGCUCUUUGAUCUGAUCAAGAAGAUGUUGGAUUACGAGCCAUCACAACGGAUUACGUUAGGUGAUGCGCUACGACAUCCAUUCUUCGACAAGCUUCCACCGCACCAACGCGUUGGCGACGUCGGCAACAAUAAGCAGGCCGUCUCUUCGGGCAGCAGCAGCAGUCGUGAACGUUCGCAUAGCUUGUCAAGAUGAGAUUUAGCGCGAUUUGGUUAUUGUUAAUUAAAAUUAGAAUUGCAACAAGGAACAACAGAGAAA